UGUGGGGCUUUGGAUACAGUGAGGCUGGGCAUGCAGAGGGCUGGUUCUCGGGGGCAGUGCACUUUAAAAGGGGCAGCUCGGAUUCAGGUUGGAGUUUUUGUGCACCUUGCAGGGAAACAGAUGGAUCCCUUCUGGAUUUUUAACCCGUGAAUUCUUCUCGAUUGUCCCGUACACGCUGGAAGAGUUUCACGGCCAGUCUGACGGUUACGCACAGGCGCGCAGACACCUCCGUGCGCCCGGAGGAGAAACGGUGACCAUGCCGUUCCCCUCGGUGAGCUCCUGCAAUGCCACGCACCAAAACUGCACCGAGAGCUCUAACUUUACGCAGCAGCUGAAUAGAAACGACACCGACCCGUUCGGACGCAACGAGGAGGUGGCCAAGCUCGAGAUCACCGUGCUGAGCCUGGCGUUCGUGGCGGCUGUGGUGGGCAACCUGAGCGUGCUGCUCGCCAUGUACCGAGCACGGCGGAAACCGUCGCGCAUGCACCUGUUCAUGAAGCACCUGUGUCUGGCUGACCUGGUGGUGGCCUUCUUCCAGGUGCUGCCGCAGCUCUGCUGGGAGGUCACGUUCCGCUUCUACGGGCCGGACUUCUUGUGCCGCAUCGUGAAGCACCUGCAGGUGCUGGGCAUGUUCGCCUCCACCUACAUGAUGGUGAUGAUGACCGUGGACCGCUAUAUCGCCAUCUGCCACCCGCUGCAGACGCUCCAGCAGCCCACGCAGCGCGCCUAUAUCAUGAUCGGCUCCACCUGGGCGUGCAGCCUGGUCCUCAGUACCCCGCAGUACUGCAUUUUCUCCCUGAGCGAGGUGCGCCCCGGCUCAGCCGUCUACGACUGCUGGGGGCACUUCGUGGAGCCGUGGGGGGUUCGCGCGUACAUCACCUGGAUAACGGUCGGGAUCUUCGUGGUGCCAGUGGCCGUCCUCGUGUUCUGCUACGGAUUUAUCUGCCGUACGAUCUGGAGGAACCUCAAAUACAAAACCCAGAGGAGAAAGAGCGCGGAAGCCAGCAAAAGCGGGAUGCUGAGCCGGAGCUCGGUGAGCAGCGUCAGCACCAUCUCCCGUGCCAAAUUACGCACGGUCAAGAUGACCUUUGUGAUCGUGGUGGCGUACGUGGUGUGCUGGGCGCCUUUCUUCACGGUGCAAAUGUGGUCGGUGUGGGAUGAGACCUUCUCCUGGGACGACUCUGAGAAUGCCGCCGUGACGCUCUCUGCCCUGCUGGCCAGCCUCAACAGCUGCUGCAACCCCUGGAUCUACAUGAUCUUCAGCGGUAACCUGCUGUCUGACUUCGCUCGCAGCCUGCCGUGCUGUUGCCACCUGAGAAACCGGUUCCACCACCAGGAUUCGGACAGCAGCAUCCGCCGGACCACGCUGCUGACCCGCCUGCAGGGUCAACGCCCUUCAGAGCCUUUCAGAGACCUCAACCCCACCCCCAAAAGCUGCCCGCCAAUCCCAUCUGCAUCCUGACCCCCAGAAACACUACCUGUGUGUGUUUAUGUGUGUGUGUGUGCAUGUUUAGUAAAACUGCAGCAGGUUUGCAGCAGUAAUGGAAGGUAUGACAUCAUCUGAGGGUGCGUUCACACCUACACUCUGUUUUCUUUGGUCCGAUCCAGAGUGGGAAAGUUUACUCCAAGGGACAUUUUUGGUGUUUGGCUUGUCUGGGUUCACAUGGCUGACGUUUAAUAACUCAUUUCCAGUCUGCGGGGUUGGAGACUGUGGGGAUUAGAUGGCAUCAAAACAAAUCUAGUCACUGUAGCUGUUAGCAUGAUGGCCUCGUCUGCACUCGCCUUUUACAUGUCAAAAAAUAAAUGUCCUCGUACCCACGAACGCUGGUGCUGCAGGGCUGCCUACCUGAGCUCCAGGAGUAAAUAAAUGCUGUACAGUACAGGCAGUGUGGAUGUAUUUCACUUUGAAUGCACUACUGGGUGUGUUUCCUUGGAGAGCUGCUCUCGUUAAAGUAUUUAAAGCAUGUUUACGAGAUCAUUUUUUAAGACUUGAGGAUAAGUCUGGUGUUAUUCUGCAGUCCUUAAAUUAAUUCAUGUACAAAUCCCUUCCCCCUCAAAAAAAAGGAAAAAAAAGAUUAAAGACCAGCCAUGUGUUUGUCGCUUCUGCUUUCUCCCUCUAAACAUACAAAACUUUAAAAAUGUAUUUCCAGCUCUUAAAGCCUCGAUAAAAUCCUCUUUGUUGUGCUGUUUUCUAAAUUUAACAAUCAAACAGGAAAAUAGUGCAUUUUGGGGGGACUAUUUUCAGUGGUGGAUGAAUUUGAAUUACUGUGAAAUCAGUGUUUUAAAGACGCUGGUGUGGAAAGGUACUUUCUUAAUGUUUAUUGAAUUCUUUUAGUUAUAAAAUGUGGAAAGUUUGGGUUAAACUUUUUUUUUUUUCAAAAUUAAAAAACAAAAAACAAAACAUUCACAAAAAGAAAUUAGGUUACAAAAUCUUUACCUUUAAGGAGCUGGAACCUUAAAACUUUGAUAGUUAAUAAUUAAAUCAUGGAAAUGACUCUGGGACAAUCACACGUGUAUCCACACUACGCUUGUUAAAAGUGUAAAUCCUAAUUAAAAGUGCUGUUUGUUCAGUAUAAUUAACACUGCCUCUGUGAACAUCUGUUUAAUUAUUCAUUUUUAUUAUGAUGCUCUGAUGCUCGCUCAUGCUUUGCUGGCUUCUGUAACAGCUUUGAGCUUCUUUAGAGACUCAUUCCCAGAUGUGUUUGUAGAUAUUGAAGAUAUUUUAUGAGUGUGAUGUAUUCUGUCAUCUCUGUAUUGCUGUAAUAUGUAUUGCAAUUGUUGUAAAGGAAGAUAAAAGCUGUUGCUUGUGUUGUCACGUGAUGUUCGACUGCUUUCUGUCUAUAACAGGAGGGUUUUAUAGGUGCUCACUUACCUGCUUUUAGUUACUUUCACUAAGUACAACAGCAGUGAAGAGCUAAAGUAAUGAAAAUGAUUAGUUAUAGAUCUGUGGAUUGAUCUGACCUGCAUAAGUCAGUAACCUUUCCUACAGACUAUCAUGAUCAUCAGACUUAUGGUUUUCCUGCAGUGCCCCCAUAAAACUGGACUUUCAGGGGUUUUAAGUGAAAUAUCUGAAUAAUAAAUUGAGGUACUUCCUCAUAGGAUCAACCUUUUUUUCUCUAGAACAGGGAUCACAAAUUCGGUGGCUUGCAUGAGAAACAUGAUAUCAUUUUAAUUGAUCAAGCUUGAGCAUGUUUUGCGGCUCCAUGAAGAUUUUUGUCUUUGCUCAAAAAUGUUUCUUGAUGGUAACGGUUUCUGAUCUAACCUCUUUAGCUCUGGUUCUCUUUGUGUUCAGAGUCAACAUGUUUCCAGUGUGAAUGUGUCAGGGUUGAGCUUAAUAGUGAAAUAUUUAUAUUUUCUGGCCACUUGGAGCACCAAAAAGCCAACAGUGAGAGCUCAGUGUAGCUCAGACAUUUAUAUGUUUAACAAACAAGUGCUUAUCUCCACAUAUUACAGCACAGCAUUAUCAUCCAUUUCCAGCUGUUUUUGUCCCCGUCUGAUAAAGACUUUCCUAAAGUGUAACCGUGGUGACAUCAUCAGCUGGUUUGUGAGACUGCAUUUUGAGUGUUUUUGCUAAAGAGUGGACCUGAGUGACCCGAGUGACAUCAUGAACUCACUGCUUGAGAGUUGACGUGGUUUAACCAGCAGACGAAAGGGAAAAAUGAGCACUCCUUAACUGGUUGCUGGAGGUUGCUGGGUGAAAUCGAAAGAACGUGCUGCUUUAAUCACUAGCAGAUUUCCACAGUGGCCUAUAGCGUGCAUGGAAGAUGGCAACUGGUCUGCAAACACUGGCUAACUAGCAGCUUAGCAACAACAUUGGCUGGAGCCACCAUGUUUCAAAUGGCCUAACUUUUACUUUGAACAAACAUUCACUAUUUCCAGUUUGCACUGUCCUUUUUAAUGUUUUACUGUCACUCAGCUGGUAGUUGGUGAGUCUCUGCAGACAAGUCACCACCUUCCAUGCAAACUGAGGCGACUGUGGCAGUCAAAGUGACUGCAAGGAGGUUUUUGACAACCAGCUGGGGAACACACAUUGCCCACAGACAAUGAGUGUCACAGACGGGUUGGUCACCUGUUUGCAAAACCUCUGUAUUUGUAGAUGUGGUUUUAAUUUAAGAGAGCCGUCUGUGAAACUGUAAAGUGAUUGGCUAACACUUGGCCCAUCUGGCCAAACAGGUGAAAAUUACAGUUGGGAUCAGCAGGAAGUUCAAGUCCAGGAGUGAUUACCUGAUUUUCAGGUUCAAAUCCGACCCACAGUAUGUCUCCUGCAGUGUUUACUGUUACUGUUAGCACAAGACAGUUUUUGUCUCGCACGUAAACGUGAGCUGCUUUUCUCUUAACAGCUGCAGGUGUUCUAAUGAUGCUGCUUUUCUGAGGUUCAAACAUUUCUGAGGUUCUCCAUUUCUGACAUUGCUCUGCAGUAACAAUAGUAACUGUGAUGGCGUGUUUUUGGUAGCUAAACAACAGACUGGUGCAUGAAUGGGUUUAACAGGAGAUGGAUAUCGUGACUCUUGCACAAGGCCGAGAUGCAGCAGGUGCACCGGCCACUCACCGGAUUUAAAUGACUAAAUUUAUCAGCUCAUGCCCGACAGCUGCCCAAGGACACUUCAGAAAAUUACAUGGGAAUAUUAAACUGCAGACCUUUUUUUUCUCUGUGCAAUAUCUCGGCAUAAGUAUGCUCAUCAUAAAAACACUUCAACAGGAUUUUUCCUUAUUUUUUUUACUCACGCAGGAAAACAGGAGUAAUUGGAAGCAGGUUGGCUGCAUGACAUGCAACAGAUGUGUCUGAAAUUGAAAACAAAUAAAAAGGUUUCAGCGCUUCAAUCAAAGAGUUCAUCCUGUGAUUUUUGAUUCAUUCCUUGCAGGAAAAGUGAGAGCCUCCAGGCUGAAGUGAACCCCUGAGAGGUGGCAAUGAAAUGAACUAUAAUUUCCUGCCUGAGCCAACUUGAUUAGUUUGAAAGCACCUACAAACCAGAACUUCAAAAGGUUCCCUGUGGACAUGCUUAACACUCUUGUUCCAGGAUCACAUCACCCCCACUGACCUCUUAGAGAUGUGUUUUUGUCAGAUUUCUGCCGUGUGAACAGACACACAGAGCCAGUGCAUGAAGGUGAAUCUCAGAUGAAAAUUCAGACUGACUCUCAUAACUCAGGACAGCUGAGGGGACACAGGAAUGCAAAAAA